GGGGAAAAUGAAAAGGCGGAAAAAGUCUUGCCAAUGGCAUUACCACGUACUUACCUCACAUGCUAGCUUUUGUUUUAUAUUUAUAAAAGUUAGAAGAUGCUCCUGCCUAGCUUCUCAAGCCACUAUCUUUAUUCAAUGGCUUCUACUUCAUCCUCACCAUCCAUGGCUUCUUCUCGCCCGUGUCAAACCAGGUUUAAUGUUUUUCUAAGCUUUAGAGGUGAAGACACUCGUCAUUCCUUUACAGAUCACCUCUACGCGGCACUAAAUCGAGCAGCAAUUUAUGCGUUUAGAGAUAACGAUGAGAUCAAAAGUGGUCAAGCUUUGGAGCCCGAAAUUGUUAAAGCAAUCGAAAAUUCAAGGGCCUCUAUUGUUGUAUUGUCGCAAAACUACGCCAAAUCCAGAUGGUGCCUUGAAGAGCUUUCGUUGAUCCUCGAACAAAAGAGGAAGCGUAAUCAUUUCGUGUUGCCAGUGUUUUAUCACGUUGAUCCCUCGGAUGUCAGAAACCAACGACGAAGUUUUUUCAUAGAAGCGAAGGAAGGAAAUGAAGCAACAAAGUGGACAGAGGUUAACGUGACUAGGUGGAAGUCAGCUCUAACAGAGGUUGCUAAUUUGGCUGGAAUGGUUGUUUCAGGGUCUGAAACAGAGUUUAUUGCAAAUAUUGUGGAUAGAAUUGACUCCGAACUAGAUUUGAAACUUAUUAGUACUCCAGCUCAUCUAACUGGAAUGGAGACUCGAGCUGAAUAUAUCAAUUCAUGGUUGAAAGAUGAGCACUCCAACACUAAUGUUCUAGCGGUUUGUGGAAUGGGAGGUAGUGGCAAGACGACGUUGGCUCAAUAUAUUUACAACUCAAACAAGCACAACUUUGAAAGCGCUUGUUUUCUUGAAGACAUUGGAAAGCACCCCAAAGAAACUUAUGGUUUGCUUGGGCUACAAAAGCAACUUCUCACGGACAUUUUAGGAGGCAAUAAUAAAAUGAUAUCUUGUGUUGCUGAGGGAACGACUAAGAUUAACAAUGUGUUACAAAUGAAAAAAGUUCUUAUAGUUCUAGACGAUAUUGAUGAACUCGAUGAACUAGACGCAUUACUUGGAACGAAGGCCACCCAUACACAAAGCAAGAUUAUAGUAACAACUAGACGUCUGGAUAUACAUUCAUGGUUUGAGUCCAUAUCCUGGAGGUGUCAUGUGCACGAACACAAAUUGUUGAAUGAUCAUGAAUCAUUAGAGGUAUUAAGUUAUCGUGCCUUUGGAUCCAAACUUCCUUUGGAAGGUUUUGGCGACCUUGCAGUAGAGUUGGCACAACAUUGUGGAGGAAAUCCCCUAGCUCUUAAAGUUUUGGGUUCUUCUUUGUUUGUUAGUGUCGAAGACCCACGGGAAAGAAAUUACAUAGUAGAAAUUUGGAAAAGUAGAUUGAAUUCAAUGAGUUCAUUGAAAGGAGACAUUGAUAGUAAAAUCCAAGGUGUACUACAAAAGAGCUUUGAUUCCUUGCCACAUGCUAGGGAAAAAGAGUUAUUUUUACAUAUCGUUGCUUUCUUUGUUGGCGAAGAUGAGGAUUAUGUGGUUAAGAUAUUGGAGAACGACUGGCAUGCAAAAGAUGGGAUCAUGACCCUCAUCAAUAGAUGCCUUCUAACUAUUUCACUAAAUAAGAAACUAGUGGUGCAUCAGUUACUUCAAGAUAUGGCAAGAACUAUAGAUCGUGAGGAGUCUAGAGAUCAUGCAAAACGUAGCAGAGUGUGGUGCGAUGAGGAAUCUUAUUGUGUGUUAACAAAAGGAAACGUUUCGGAAACAAUUGAAGGUAUAACCCUUGACACCCGGAAGCUAAACAAAUGCACAAAGGCACCAACCAUUAAAACAUGUUCUCUUGCAAAGAUGCACAAACUAAAGUUGCUCCAGCUGAAAUAUGUGAAACUUAGUGGGUCAUACAAGAAUUUUCCAAAAUUAAGAUGGUUGUCUUGGCAUGGAUGUUAUUUGAGAACAAUACCCUUAGACUUAUUGAUGAACGGCUUCUUGGUGGCUAUUGAUUUGACUGAUGGAAACUUGGAAAAGUUUGAACCGCCCCAGGUUCUUAGUUCGUUGAAGAUUCUGAAUCUUACAGGUUGUAGGAGACUUGUUAGUAUCCGCAAGCUCUGGCGACUCCCGAAUGUGGAGACGUUGAUCCUUUGGGACUGCAAUAGUCUAACUCAUGUUUGUGAAACUAUUGGAAGCCUUCAGAGUCUUGCUCUACUGAAUUUGGUAGGAUGCACAAAAUUGUGGAAGUCCUCAUGGAAUAAGAAACAUGUAUAUCAAUUAGAAAGGAUAAAAGCUUUGUGUAAUGGUGGAGGAACUCAAGAACAACCAUUACUUUCCUUGCCACGGUCGUUGAGGUUUUUGUUUCUCGAUUACUGCGACCUUGAGUGUCACAAUGACCUUAGUGUUUUAUUCAACGUCUCGUUAUUUGGUAUUAGCUUAAGAGGUAACCUCUUUGAGUUCAUGCCCAAUAACAUUGAUCUUAAAACGCUUCGAGUACUUAACUUGUCUUCUUGUAUAAACCUCAAGUCUAUCUUGUGUCUCCCAAGUACAAUAGAGGAGUUGUAUACAUAUAGGUGUAAAUCACUCGAGAAAGUAACAUUCCAAUCAGCUCGUUUCAAACUACGGAAGUUUAAAUAUGAAGGUUGUCUCAAACUGUCUAAAGUUCAAGGCCUUUUUAAAUUGGUGGCCAUAAAAGAACUUGAUGAAGUAUAUUUGGGAAAGAUGAAAUGGAUCAAGGAAUAUCAAGAUGAUAAGGUGGACCUGGUUGGUGAUGAGGUUACUAAGGGCAGAAUUUGGCAUAUGCAGAUAUUGUACGAAUAUGGUAUAAGGAGCACCUAUAUGCAUGGCAUAAAGGAUCAUAGCAUGGUGGCAAUUGAACAUACAUCAGCACACCCAUUCUUAUCCUUUCGUGUGUCUUUACAUCCAAAUAAACACAAGAUCCAAGGAUUAAAUAUAAGUUGCUUAUACAGGUUAUCAAGAUCCAAUCGCACAAACGUGGGUUGUUUGUUUGCCAAAAUCAGGAACAUAACCAAGGGUGUUACUUGGAUAUACAUCCCUAUGGUGUAUUGCAAACCUCGAGUGAAUGAAGAUGCUAUGUGGUUAAGUUAUUGGCCAAUUGGCAACACAUUGGACAUUGAUGACAGAGUCAUUGUGUCUUUCUUUGUGGGGAAAGGAAUGAGAGUAAGCAAAUGUGGUGCAAGCCUUGUGUAUAUGGAUGAUGGUGAAGUAGACCAAGAAGAAAAGUGGGCAAAAAAGGCGAUGCAAAAGAAAGAAGUGAUUGGAGGAGAUCUGUCUGAAUUUGAGGUGACCAAAGGAGUGUACUAUCUUUGCCGCCAUGAUAUCUUUAAGUCAGCAACCCCUUAUGUGAAGAGAUGGUUGGGUAGGGCCAUUCCGCAUACAGAAUUACAAGGAUGGAGAAAAUCUCAUCAGUUGCAGGAAUAUGAUGCAUCACAUAUGCAUCUAAUAUAUUUUAAUGAGUUAGUGCAUAGAGACACCCUUCACAAACUAGUUAAGCUUGCAUACUUUAAUAGUGAAAGCAAUAUCCCCAAGAUAAAGAAGGCGGUAUAUAGGCUCGUGGGAGUUGACUUUGUUUACUACAAUGAAGAGCAAAAGACAUUGUUCGUAUAUGGCUAUGUUGAUUCUAUGGAAGUGGAAACGUGUGUGAGGGAAUUUGAGAAGAAUGCAAAGAUUUUUUUUGUUGAAUACAGAGUAAUUUAUCCGGAGUGGGAAUUUUUAGUAACCAGGCUGGCCAAACAUUUUUCCAUAAAUGUAUAUAGAUUAUUUAGAUGAUAAGAGUUAUUGAGUUAACUAGGUUUAAAGAAGUUCGCCGCGUUGCGGCGAAUUUCUUUUGUUAUUUAGUCUGUGUUUACAUGUAUUUUGAAAUCACUACGAGCGUGUUGUAAACGGAACUGCUGACAAGAAUAAAAAGAAAAUGUAAAAAAAAAAAAACACUAAAA